CUGAACAGGAAACAGACCCAGAGCUAUGGCCCAACAAGAAGAACAAGAAAUAGUAGACGUGAUUCUGGAGAAGAUCGACUCCCGGGACCCUCUCACCAAAGAGAUUGAUUUGGUGGAAAGAGACCCCAAGCAGAUCAACCAAGAGGUGGUCAAGGUAGACUUUGAAGAUGUGAUCGCUGAGCCAGAGGGCACCCACAGCUUUGAUGGAGUGUGGAAGGCCAGCAACACCACCUUUACUGUCAGCAAGUACUGGUGCUACCGGAUUCUAUCGGGGGCACUGGGGGUGCCCCUUGCCUUGCUCUGGGGCUUCCUCUUUGCCUGUGUUUCUUUCUGCCACAUCUGGGGGGCCAUGCCUUGCAUCAAGAGCUACUUCAUAGAGGUGCAGUGCUGUGGGCGCUGCUAUGCCUUGUGCAUACGUACCUUCUGCGACCCUCUCUUUGAAGCAGUGGGGAAAGUUUGCAGCGACAUCCGAGUGGCCCUGCGCAAGGAACACGCAAAGGACUGAGCCUCUCCUUUGGGUCAGGACAGGAUUCUGGCUUCAUUUUUCCUUCACUUGACCCAUCAGAUGGGACAGUAGCUCAGCUGCAAUCCUGAGUCAGUCGACUGAUGGAGGUGGAAACAAUCUGGCUGAUGGAUCUUUACCUUGAAUUCCCUGGCCCCCCAAAAUUACUCCACCUCUUUCUGAUUAUGGUGGGAAAACCUGUACUCUAAAUCUUGCCAGCUUUAAGAUGUGUGGACUUUAACUCCCAGAAUUCCCCAGCCACCCGUACUCCAACUCCAAGAAGUCCUCACACAUCGUAAAGUUGCAAAGAUUGAGAAGCACUGCUCUAAAUGCCCCCAUCUCGCUCUCACACACACACGUGUCACAACACAGUGGCAAGUUCUUCUACACAAGCCCUUUUGUGUAAUAAGUAAUUGUUGAGGAGAACUGCUGUAAGAGAUCUGCAGAGAAAGUAUAGCAAGGCUUUCUAGCAGCACAAUGGGAUAACUUGCCACAGCCAAUUCACCACAGCCAAUUCACCAUGGCCAAGCAUUUGACCUGUGGGUCAUUUCAGCAUUGUAGCCUCCCCAUUCUGGCACCUUCUAGAUGUGCCAUAAUUACAGUACCCAGAAUCUUCCAGCAGCCUGGCUGCGGGAUGCUGUGAGUUGCCAUUCCACAAUACAUUGAGGCAGCCAAUGGGAUUAGAGCUAUCAUAUCCGGGAUACAAAAUUCCAAUACUGCCUUAAAUUGGAACAAGAUGAUAUAGUGUCCUGGGAAGCCAUUUCAGAGAUGCUUUAAGUAGAGCACUAAUGCCUUACAUCUCACAUUUUCUCUCUCUCGCUCCGUCUCUGACAUUCACUACCUUACGGUUUCAGCCAACCCAUUUCAUGUCACUACUGUGGUACCUUUCUUUGAAAUCACUUUGUGGACACAACAUUACUCAAUCAGUGCUGCUCUUUCUUAAACCUUAAUGCUAAUUUCUGCUUUGAACUAAAUACUGACAAUUUUCUAAAAUUUAAAAAAAAUGUUUU